AUGGUCUCAACAAAGCCAACCUUGAAGCGCAAGGCUUCCGUCGUCGAGGCAGACCACUCCAACCAGCCUCAAUCCGACGAUGAGUUCGGAGAUGGUCUUCUAGAGGGUGUGUUAGAGGACGAAUCCGACGAUGAGGAGUCCGAGUUAGAAGAUGACGACAACGACAUCGAGGGGGACACGCUCGAUGCCGAUGAUGAUGAAUUGGACAGUGACGAUAUACCAACAGAUGAUGAGGGACUAAGGAAAAAGCAAUUAUCAAAUGGAUUCGAGUCUGACGAAGAAGAUGUUGGUCCUCACUACAAAAUUGAAACAGACGCCAAUGGGGGAACUAGAUACGUUUACGAUGAGGUUGACCCCGUGUACGAUUCAGACGAUUCAGACGCCCAAGAACCUAUAAACACAAUUGGAGACAUACCUCUUUCGUUCUACGACUCAUACCCUCACAUAGGAUAUGACAUCAAUGGGAAGAGGAUUAUGCGUCCCGCUACUGGCGAGGCUUUGGACGCUUUAUUAGAUAGUAUUGAGGUACCGAAGGGCUGGACUGGCCUUACGGAUCCUGCAACCGGCAAGCCAUUAAAUCUGAGCCAGAACGAAUUAGAGUUAUUACGGCGAGUCCAGAUGAACGAAAUCCCCGAAGAAGGAUACGAUCCGUAUCCGGAUUCUGUCGAGUGGUUUACGAGUUUUGAGGAGACGAUGCCUUUGAGCGCUGCCCCAGAGCCAAAGCGACGCUUUUUACCUUCCAAACAUGAAGCGAAACGAAUAAUGAAGUUAGUCAAGGCAAUUCGAGAGGGCCGAAUACUACCGUAUAAACCUCCAGAGGAAAAGCAAAGGGAAGAGGAAGAAGAGGAAGAAGUUCAUUAUGAUUUGUGGGCCGACGAGACGCCUCGGCCCCCUAAUGUAAUGCACAUUCCCGCCCCCAAGCCUGCUCCUCCUGGCUAUGAUCUCAGUUACAAUCCACCUCCAGAGUAUCUCCCUACCGAGGAUGAAAAGAAGGCCUGGGACGAGACCGAACCGGAAGAGCGAGAAAAGGAAUACUUGCCCCAAAAAUACGACUCUUUACGGAAAACUCCUGCAUACGAUCAAUUUGUCAAAGAACGCUUUGAAAGGUGCCUUGAUCUCUACCUUGCGCCUCGAAUACGGAAGAAUAAGUUGAAUAUCGAUCCUACAUCAUUACUCCCUAAGCUUCCGCGACCGGAGGAGUUGAGACCCUUCCCUACCAUCGCGUCAAUUGAAUACGCUGGUCACGAGGGUAGGGUACGAUCCGUUGCCAUUGACCCAUCCGGGCAAUGGUUAGCCAGUGGUGGUGAUGAUGGCACUGUGAGAGUGUGGGGCCUCGCAGACGGUAAACAACAGUGGAAAGUCAAACUUAGCAGCGAGGACCCGGUAGAUGUAGUGCGAUGGCGACCGGGUCAAGAAGCUUCAAUCAUAUCCGCUGCUGUGGCUGAAGAUAUUUUCUUCAUGAUCCCAUCAUUUGGGAGCCCGGAGCUGGAACAGACUAGCCGGGAUAUAUUGGAUGCAGGAUUUGGUUAUGCUACCAACGACAAGCAACUAACAACAGCUAACGGGGCAGCACGAAAAGAUCCCCCGGCGAAGUGGUCACGACCAGGGACACGCCUGGAGGAUGAGGGUGUUUUACUGAAAGCUACAGUCCGCUCACCCAUCAAGUCAAUUAAUUGGCACCGACGAGGAGACUUCUUCUGCACGGUAUCCCCUAGUGGACAAAAAAGUUCCGUGGCCAUUCAUACCCUAUCUAAGCAUCUUACUCAAAUCCCCUUCCGAAAGCUUCCAGGGUUGGCACAGACAGCAUCAUUCCACCCUUCGCGACCUAUGUUUUUUGUCGCAACCCAAAGGUCGAUACGGUGUUACGAUCUCCAAAAACAAGAAUUAGUCAAGACUAUUCAACCUGGCGCCCGCUGGAUCUCAUCAUUUGAUGUGCAUCCUGGCGGCGACAACUUGGUUGUCGGAUCAUACGAUCGUCGUUUACUCUGGCAUGAUCUUGAGAUGUCAAACAGGCCGUAUAAGACAAUGCGAUUCCAUCCUCAGGCAAUCAGGGCUGUGAAGUUUCACCGUAUCCACCCACUAUUUGCGGAUUGCAGUGACGACGGUACUCUACAAAUAUUCCAUAGCAAAGUUGUGAGCGAUCUGAUGGAAGGACCAACUAUUGUGCCUGUGAAGAUGCUCAAGGGACAUAAGGUAGUCAACAGACUUGGUGUGACAGAUAUUGAUUGGCAUCCCCAACAUCCAUGGUGUGUAAGUGCGGGCGCCGACGGAACAUGUAGAUUAUGGACAUAA